GGCACGGCGCGCGAUGCACAAGUACAACCGCGCUGGCGUCACCGCGUCCGCGUCUACCACCGAGGGCGCAUGCCGGCAAGCUGCCCCCUUUCCCGCAUUGCGUUUCGCUGUCACCGCCUCUUGACCGCGCGCGGCACGCAGCAGCGGCGGCGGUGUUUCCAUUUCUCGCCCUCCCACCCUGGUCGCGUGCCCGCCGCCGCCGUGGAAGCUAGCUAGCUCGACGGCGCCAUGGGCGGGCGUGGAGCUUCGGAGGCGGCAAGGAUGGUGGUCGCCGUGGUGGGGGUCGUGGUCGCCGCGGCGGCGGUCCUUUCCCCGGCCGCGGCUGGGGGCUUAGGCAGGGAAGCGGCGGCGCUGGUGGCGAUCAAGGCGGCGCUGCAGGAUCCGGGCCAAGUUCUCCGCGACUGGGACCAUAAGUCCGGCGACCCUUGCCGCUGGAACAUGGUCACCUGUCAUGGGGGCCACGUUCAGGAGCUGUCCAUGGUGCAGCAGAACCUCUCCGGCACACUGUCGCCGGCGAUUGGGAGGCUCAGGUCUCUGCGGUAUCUGUCUUUACGCCAAAAUGCAAUUUCUGGUCCUAUCCCUAAGACCAUAGGCAGGAUGAAGCUGCUGCAAGUACUUGAUUUGUCAAACAAUCAGUUCAGUGGAAGCAUCCCGAGUACACUGGGUAGUAUGGUGAACCUCCAGUACCUGAAAUUGAACAACAACAGCUUAUCUGGACCUGUACCUGAUUCACUAGCCACUGCUCGCAUGAUCUUCAUCCUGGAUAUUUCCUUCAACAACCUGAGUGGUCCCCGGCCGACUUUUCGCACAUGGAAUGCCUUUCUUGAUGGUAAUCCAUUGCUAAGUGACAUCAACUGUGAAGGAAGCGAACCAGGUGCAGGAACGCCUCUUUACGGAGGAAGGUGCUCAGAGUCACUUGCUUUCCCUGCUGUAGGCCCGGAGGAUAUGAGAAAAGAUGAUUCACGAGUCAUGGAUAAAAAAAUUAUGAUCCUUGCAAUAUGCAUAGCAAUUAGUUGCUCAAUGGUUGCCAUGGUUGCUGGAGCUGUCAUCCUAUUUCGGCACUGGCAUCGGUGUCAACGAGUCUUUGCAAUUGCAGAAGGCAAUGGCUCUUCUAUACAUUACACCGGAUUUUCAUACCUGGGUUUGACUGCGUUUGCGGCGGCGGUGUACACUAAAAGUGGAGAAUCUCACCAACGAGCUGCGCCAAUCAGGCUUUUCCGCACAAAUGAAGAAGAGAGGGAAGCAAUGCCUCUUCCCGACGUGCUCAUGUGGAGUGCGCUGCCACGUGACAUUGUCCCAAACAGGGUCAAUAAUAGUUAUGCUAGAAUUCAACAUUGCCGAGAAGUUUCUCUUGGGCAUCUAAAGCACUACAAGCUUAAGGAGAUCAGAAAAGCCACCGAUAACUUCAACCAAAGAAAUAUUUUGGGAGAGGGGGGAUAUGGAAUAGUUUACAAGGGUCAUUUGCCUGAUGGCACACCUAUUGCUGUGAAAAGAUUGAAGGAUCGUGAUUCGGUUAUUGGCGGUGAUCAAUUCCACACAGAAGUUGAAGUGAUAAGCUUGGCUGUUCAUCAUAAUCUCCUCCAUCUUAUUGGGUUCUGCACUGCAAAUAAUGAAAGGAUCCUUGUUUAUCCUUACAUGCCAAAUGGAACUGUUGCUUCUAAAUUAAAAGAAUGUGUUAAUGGGGAACCAGCCUUAGACUGGCCAAGGAGAAAGAGGAUAGCACUUGGUGCAUCACGGGGACUGCUCUAUUUGCACGAACAAUGUGAUCCUAAGAUAAUCCAUCGCGAUAUAAAAGCAUCCAACAUUCUACUCGAUGAAUAUCUUGAAGCAAUCAUUGCAGAUUUUGGAUUGGCAAAACUUGUAGAUCAUGGGAUGUCUCAUGUUGUCACAACAGUGCGUGGAACAGUUGGUCGUAUACCACCAGAGUAUUUCAUGUCUGGCCAUGCUUCGGAGAAGACUGAUGUUUUUUGCUUUGGACUCUUGUUGAUCGAGUUAGUCACUGGUCGAGAGACCCUAGAGCUUCAUCAGAACGAAUAUCAGAAGGGAGGAAUUCUUGCAUGGGCCAAGGAACUUCUUGAACAAAAUCAGCUAAGCUCAUUUGCGGAUAAGAAGCUAAGGAACAACUAUGACAGUGUUGAAUUGGAGGAGAUGGUUCAGAUAGCAUUGCUCUGCACAAUGUACAGCCCUAAAGAUCGUCCCAGGAUGUCUGAAGUUGUUGCAAUGCUGGAAGGAGAUGGGGUUGCAGAGAAAUGGGAGGCCGUGAAAAAUGUCGAGGAACCGAACCCCGAGGAUCUUAAGUACCGGGCUAUAAACUACGAUGAAGACCAAUGCAGCUCGACCGAGUUGCAAGCCGUCGAGCUCUCAGGGCCAAGGUGA